AUGGCUUUUACUCACAACCUCCGUUUUCUGUUCGCCGUCAUUCUAACCAUCUCCGUCGCAAACGUGACGGCGGAUUUAGUCGACGAUAUCUGCGCGAAGACACUGCAGCCUGCGACGUGCACGCAACUCUUGCGAUCCGAUCCUCGUUCCAAAACCUCAGACCUCGUAGCCCUAGAAACCGUCGCAAUUGAUGUAGCAUCUGUGCAAGCGAAUUCGGGACAAAGCCUCGUUCAGUCGCUUCAGAGCGGCGCCACCGACCCAAAACUGAAAGAGAUAUACUCGUCGUGUUUGGAGAACUACGGCGAUUCCGUGGAUAGUAUCGGGCAGUUACCGGGCUUUUUGAAGUCCAAGGAUUAUGGAAGUUUGGGGUCGUACGCCUCUGCCGCUCUCGACGGACCGGCAACCUGCGACGAAAACUUUUCGAGCUCUUCUCCCGAGCCGUCGCAAUUGAAAGACGGUAGUGUGAAGCUGCAAACAAUUUGUUCUGCUGUGUUAGCUAUUAACAAUAACUUGAGUGGACAGUGA